GAUACAAUGUGUGGUCGGUUUGUGCGGAUUAACCGCCGCCAAAGCGGAACCGUUAAACCGUUAAUCUUUGAACGUUUCUGACGGUACGCUUGCGUUAAGGGACAGUGUGUUCCCCAGCUGAUCCAUUCCGACAAAAGACAGAUCAUGAGCAAAGAUUCCCAAAUGAGGGCCGCAAUAAACCAGAAGCUGAUAGAAAUGGGGGAACGGGAGCGGUUGAAAGAGGUGCUCAGGGCAAAGCUGGUGGAGUGUGGAUGGAAGGAUCAGCUGAAAGCACACUGCAAAGAUGUGAUCAGAGAAAAAGGCCUGGAGCACGUUACAGUGGAGGACCUGGUCACAGAAGUCACACCAAAAGGCAGAGCACUCGUACCCGACAGUGUGAAGAAAGAGCUCCUGCAGAGAAUCAGAGCUUUUCUAGCUCAACAUGCAACCUUGUGAAUGAGGCAGUUCGUGUCUAGACAUUUUUCUACUCACUGUAAAUCCACAAUUCAAAUCCAAACGGAUGUUUGUUCUCAUUGUGAGCGAUGCUGAAGUGUUAUUUUUAUUUUGUAUCGUGUGUUUUCAUAUUGAUUUUAGUUUGUUAUGCAGCAGUUUUGGAAAAAAAAAUAAAGUCAUGCCUAUUUUGGUCA